AUCUAGCCUAGCAUUGAUACAUCCAUAUACGCUAGAGAUGGCUACCACAACUCAAAAAUCAAAAAGCGAGAUGAGCGAGAUAGAACUGCAGGCCUUGGAAGAGGCCGAGUUCCAGACUGGCCCACUUUCAAUCCUCACACAGGCAGUCAAGAAUAGCUCGCAAGUGCUGGUGGUCUGUCGAAACAAUCGCAAGCUAUUGGCCCGAGUCAAAGCUUUCGAUCGGCAUUGUAAUAUGGUGUUGGAGAAUGUGAAGGAGAUGUGGACAGAAACUCCACAAACCGGAAAAGGAAUCAAAAAGGCAAAGCCAGUGAACAAGGAUCGUUUCAUUUCCAAAAUGUUUUUACGAGGAGAUUCAGUUAUUCUGGUGUUGAGAAACAUUGUUUAAUGUAGCAGCAAACGAAUAUCACAGAAUGAACUAUUUUGUAUUCACUCUUGUGCAUACUUUGCCU